CACGGACAAAUCGACUCUCUUGGCGUCAUUUAUGAUUAUGGCAGUGUCAUGCAUUAUCCGCGUCGUGCAUUCUCCGGCAACGGUCGGGAUACCAUCGUCCCGAGGAAACCAGGAGUUGAAAUUGGUCAACGCAGUCGGCUGAGUGGCAAGGACGCACUACAAGCAAACCUAAUGUAUCAAUGUUUAUCCACAAUCGUACCCCCGCAGUCAUCAACUAUCCCUCCACCGGAGAACAGUGCUCCAGAAGGGUUUAUCAUGCAUCUUCAAUCUAAAAAGUGCUUUUACCCGGCCGGCGAUAAGGUUGAGGGAGAAAACCACCCAGUUGUACUGUACAAGUGCGAUAAGCAUACCGGACGUUUUCGAAUGUACGAGAAUGGCACCAUUCAACACGUAUUGAGCGGCAUGUGUGUACAUCCCAACGGGGAUUGUUUACCCCCGGAAGAUGGCACUGAGCUGGUUUUAUCCAAAUCAUGCGGUGGUCGUACGAGGUCGUUUUUGAUCAACUUGGAUGGUUUGCUAAUUCACAGCAGCAAGACAUGCGUGCGACCAGCCCACCACAGCGAACGAGUACCAGACAACACGAGGGUCGUAAUUUACCGAACCUGCAGCGCUUCAAAAUUUGCUUUUGCGUUCACCGCCUUACCGCGAACUAACAAGAAAAACCUUGCGCUCGGAAAGCCCGCGGGGCAAAGGUCCACCUACAAACAGGGCGUCGCAUCCAAAGCUGUGGAUGGAAAGAGGAAUGGGAACUAUUAUGAAGGGUUCUGCUCUCAUACAUUACGAUCGACUCAACCGUGGUGGAUGUUGGAUUUUGGUAAAAAGGAACGAGUGGAAGCCGUCUACGUGUCCAAUCGCGCUGACUGCUGCUGGUGGCGACUUUCUGGUUUUGAAAUUCGUGUUGGCGACAAGAAGAACAUCGCGGAAAACCCACAGUGCGGGACGAAACAUUCUCUAAAACGCGGCGAAACGAGGGAAAUUCUGUGCCGACCGCCGCUGGAGGGACGAUUUAUUAGCAUAUCAAUGGUCCAACGAUCCCGUGGAACAUUUCUCACUCUUUGUGAAGUCGCUGUUUACGAACCUUCAACUAAAAGUCCUACUAAAAAACCUCCAAAACCAGGCAGGAGAACUAUAAAACGAAAUAAACUGGUGUUCAUGACCACUCGUGUCUUCCUGUACUAGAUGACUUCCCCUCCUUUUUA